UGCAGCACUGAUCCUCUGGUCCUACAGUUACAGUCCUAACAGCACAUGAGGUACUUUACACAGCCAAUGUGGUAGCACUAGAGCAUCUUAAGUUUGGGAUCUUCAUCACCGGACAGUGAUGAUUGGGAGAUGAUGGCAGGAAGAUGCAGCACAAGACUGUUGGUGUUCUGCGUGUGUGCGGCUGUGUUCAGCUACAUCUCUGCCUCUCCAGAGGUCUGCACCAACUCCCUCCUGCCUGGAGCUAAAGGAGAUCAAGGUGAGGUUGGAGAGGAGGGAGAUCAGGGAAAGCUGGGGAAGAAUGGACCACCAGGAUUUCCAGGAAUGUCAGGAGAGAAGGGACUUAGAGGAGAGGUGGGCCACACAGGAAAGAUGGGACCUACUGGAGACAAAGGUGACAAAGGUGAUACAGGUCUGGAUGGGCCCUCUGGUCUAAAAGGGAAACCAGGCACCACAUGUGACUGUGGCAGGUACAGGAAAGUGGUUGGACAGCUGGAUAUCAAUACAGGCAAGCUGAGGAACGCUGUCAAGUUUGUGAAAAAUGUCAUCUUGGGGCUGAGAGAAACAGAAGAGAGGUAUUAUCUGCUGGUGAAGGAGCCCAAGAAGUUCAGAGAGGCUUCAAUGAACUGCAAGCUGAGAGGAGGCACCCUGGCCAUGCCAAAAACCACCAACACCAACCGUCUCAUGGCAGACUACGUCAGCAAGGCAGGACUGACAAGAGUUUACAUAGGAGUACAUAGUCAAAGCAUGGACACGGAUGGAACAAGCGGUUAUGGUUAUGCAGAUUCCAGCCCUCUGCAGGGGUUUGCAGCCUGGAGUCAAGAAGAGGAGCUAAAUUCCAGAUUAUCUCCAACCACAAACUCCAGCUGCGUGGAGCUGCUCAGCACUGGAACAUGGGGUCACGUGGAGUGCGAGGCAACCAUGUUUUUCAUGUGCGAGUUUCCAAAGAGCAGGAGAAGAGGAUGAGGAGGAGAAAGAGGUAUACCUGCCUCAGCAACAUCAUGAGUUAAUGAGAUGUUCAGGCUUGCAUAUAUAUAUAUAUAUAUAUAUAUAUAUACAUACAGUGUGUUUAUAUUUAUGCAGUAUUAUGUU